AUGCACCAGCUCAUUAAUAUCCUUCUUAAGGACUUGGAUGCAAGACUGUACUGCACACUCAAGGUCUUUGAAAUUGGCUACGAUGCCCUUGUCUACAUGGAAAUCCAUAACCAUCUUGGGAAUUUGAUUAAUAUGUGUGGCUGUAAUGCCUUUGUAGUGAGCCUGGCUUUUGCAGAUCUCGUGGUGGCCUUGUAUCCUUAUCCUUUAGUGCUCAUGGCUAUUUUCAAAAAUGAAUGGGCAAUGGGAGAAAUACACUGCAAAGUGAGUGGCUUCGUGAUGGGCCUGAGCGUGAUUGGUUCCAUAUUCAACAUCACCGGGAUUGCUAUAAACCGAUAUUGCUACAUCUGCCAUAGUUUCGUCUAUGACAAGCUGUUCAGCGUGUGGAAUACAAUACUCUAUGUCUGUUUAAUUUGGACCCUCACGGUAGUUGCAACUGUCCCAAACUUUUUUGUCGGCUCGUUAGAGUACGAUCCCCGGAUCUACUCGUGUACUUUUGUACAAACUGUAAGCUCGUCCUACACAAUUACUGUCGUCGUCAUUCAUUUCAUUGUACCAAUCAGUGUGGUGACCUUUUGUUACCUCCGGAUAUGGAUUUUGGUGAUUCAGGUGAGGAGGAAAGUCAAGUCUGAAAUCAAGCCAAGGAUGAAACAAAGCGAUUUCCGUAAUUUUCUUACAAUGUUCGUAGUGUUUGUUAUUUUUGCCAUUUGUUGGGCUCCUCUAAAUCUCAUUGGCUUAGCAGUGUCCAUCAACCCUACAGAAGUUGCACCCAAUAUUCCAGAAUGGCUCUUCGUUGUCAGCUAUUUCAUGGCCUAUUUUAACAGUUGCCUUAAUGCUAUCAUAUAUGGACUCCUUAAUCAGAAUUUUCGAAAAGAGUAUAAACGGAUCCUGAUGUCAUUGUGGACACCACGGCUUUUCUUUCAAGACAUCUCUAAAGGUGGAACUGAAUGUCCAAAGAGCAAGCCUUCUCCUGCUAUAAACAACAAUGACCAAGUGAAAACUGACACGGUUUAAAAGUUAUGUAAAUAAAGCAAAACAUGUUGUAAGACUGCCACAUUGACAUGAGAACUUCCCAUACGGUGGUUGAAUUUGAGACAAAGAUGGAGCAGGGUUUCACAAUACAUCUGGAAUACUCAAUGUACACAAAAUGCCAUUAAUUUUAGUGGGAACAACAUGUGCCAGAUACUUCACUUAAGCCUGCUUUAUCUAUUAAAUAGCAAUGCAUGUUGCUUCUUUUCACCAGCAUUGGGAAAAAAUUCUGUCUGCACUGAUAGACUAUUAUGGUUAGGGUUAAGCCUAACCCUAAUUAGCCCUAACCAUAAUUAGCCCUAAUCCUAACAACCAUGGUUGGGUAGAAAUAAGACCACCUUCAAUAAUCACGGGUCCCCAUACUAUGUUUGAAGGUCCCUUCCCCUAGGGGGUCCCAACUAUUACCCCCCUGGGUGGUGUUCCCUGCCAAG